AUGAAGUUAUUUCAAAACCAGGAGCGAGGUGGUGCCCUUGGUACCCUCCUUUCUUUGGCCCUCCUUGCGCAGAGCUCGUUGACCGCAGCACAAACCGCCCCUGCCGAUGGUGCCGUCUACGACUACAUCGUGGUGGGCAGCGGCCCAGGCGGCGCUGUGGUGGCAGUCAACCUCGCCAAGGCAGGACACUCUGUGCUCCUCCUCGAGGCGGGCGACAACAACCCCGGCCAGGGCUUUGGGCGUUACACGCCGACCGUGACCUGGGACUUUUACGUCAAGCACUACCCCGAGGGUGACCCUCGCGACAACCAGUACAGUCAUCUGACAUGGCUCACCCCUGAGGGUCGGUACUGGGUCGGCCAGAGCGGUGCGCCGGCGGGCUCCAAACUCCUGGGCGUCUACUACCCCCGAGGUGCGACGCUUGGUGGGUCUUCCAUGAUCAACGCCAUGGUGUGUUGGCUACCGAGCGAGAGCGACUGGAACUACCACGCUGAGGUGACUGGAGACGACAGCUGGAGGGCUGAGAACAUGCACAAGAUCUUCACCAAGAUCGAAAAGAACAACUACGCCGCCGCGGGCACAGCCAACCACGGCUUCAACGGGUACUUCCAAACCCAAAUGGGGGCGAUGCAGCAGUCCAAACAAACCGGUCCCCUCCAAGGCAACAGCGUCAUGGGCGCCUUCGCCAAGGACUGGAACUCGACCAUGUCCAUGCCCAACCUGCUAAUCCGAGACCCCAACGAGCUGACAUCGGCGCGCGACCAGACCUCGAGCAUCUACGGGCUCGUCAACCACCAAUACGCCAACGGCAACCGUUACAGCUCGCGCGACUACGUGCAGGAGGCCGUGCAGGCGGGCGCCAACCUGACCGUCUCGCUCACCUCGCUCGCCACCAAGGUGCUCUUCGACACCAUGGGCUCCAAGUGCGCCGGCGGCGACGGCGCCACACAGCGCGCCACGGGCGUCGAGUUCCUCUUCGGCAAGUCGCUGUACAAGGCCGACAACCGGCGCGCGGCCAACGCGGCGGGGGUCAAGCGCACGGCCAUCGCCCGCCGCGAGGUCAUCGUCUCGGGCGGCGCCUUCAACUCGCCGCAGCUACUGCUGCUCAGUGGCGUCGGCAACGCCACCGAGCUGGCCCAGUUCGACAUCCCCGUCGUCAAGGACCUGCCCGGCGUCGGGCGCAAUCUUAUGGACAACCAGGAGAUGCCCAUCGUGGGCAGCGGCAGCGCCGGUAGUGGUAUGGCGGGCGUCGCCAUGUACAAGACGCGGCACCCGGCGCAUGGCGAGCGGGAUAUGUUCCUGAUGGGCGGGCAGGGGUUCCUGUUCCGUGGUUUCUGGCCUGAUAACCCGGUGCGCGUGCCGGCUGACCCGCGCCAGGCCUACGGCGUGAGCAUGGUGAAGGGGUCGAGCGUCAACAACCAGGGCUGGGUGAAGCUGCGCAGCGCUGACCCCAUGGACACGCCGGAGAUCAACUUCAACCACUACGCUGCGGGUGCCGAGUAUGAUCUCGAGGCGAUGAAGGACACGGUGGCUUGGAUCCGGACUGUGUACAAGCGUGUGGGCAUCACGGCGGUUGAGCCGCCGUGCGCUGCCGGGCCCGAUGCGAACGGGUACUGUGGUAAGGAGGACGAGGACUGGAUUCAUAAACAGACCUUUGGACACCACCCGACGUCGACGAACAAGAUUGGCGCGGAUGAUGAUCCGAUGGCGGUGCUGGAUUCUAAGUUCCGGGUUCGGGGGGUUAGUGGGUUGAGGGUCAUCGACGCGAGUGCCUUUGCGCGGAUCCCGGGUGUCUUCCCGGCGGUGUCGACGUUCAUGAUCUCGCAGAAGGCAAGCGACGAUAUGCUGGCUGAGUUGAAGGCUGGGACUGCGCUGGAGCAGUGCUGA